AUGUGUUCCACUACAAGCCAAUUUACUCAAAACUUAAUCCCAUCCUCUGAUUAUUAGCAGUAUGAUCUUAAAGUUUAAUCUAAAAACAAUGCCAAUUCCUAAUAAAAUAUAAGUCUUAAAGGUGAAUCUAUAAUUGAUCUAGGUUAUUUCUAAUUUUACAAGUAAACUUACAAGCCAAAAAUCCAUCCUAAUAACCAUUUCUUAAAUGUAGUUAGCACUAAAAAAUCAAAGCACUUUGUUGAAUUGCAUCUUUAAAAUUCUAACAGAAAUAAAAAUUUCUCUAAUUUAUUCAUUUGUGAAUAAUUGUAAGAAGUAUGCGCCACUAAGGUGACAAAGGCUAGCUAACUCUAUUACAGACUUAUAAAUGAUGUUAAUAAUGAUGUAAACUCAGACAACUUAGACAUAUAGCAUGAAUUCUCACAAUCUUCUGACAUCAUAUAGAAGGAAGUCUUUUUGAAUGCUGAAUCGAUCCUUAAUUAGAGAGCAAACAAUCUUUUCAAGUUUAAUCUUUACUACAUGACUGAGGAUAAUUAAAAAUUUUUUUUAAAACAUGGAAUUUCAAACUCUGCUCUUAGUGCUUUGAAAAUGUCACCUGAUUUCUACUAGUAUGUUCAUAUUAGAUUCGGUGCAUCUCCAUUUGUAGACAGAUUUUAUCAAAAAAAUUUUUUCGAAAUCAACUUCAGACUUUUGGACUAAUCUUAUAGCUAAAAUGACUACACAACAUGCCAGAACAAGUAUGUAUUUAACAUUUCUUCUGUUGGUGCUAUCUAUGGUCAAGCAGAAUGCGAAACUAUAAAUUUAAAUAAUGGCUUUUAUCUCGAAAUCCAAUAUUACUAAAAUGAGAGCAUCCUUACUAGCCAAGUUUCUGAAAUUAACAAAAAGUUAAGAUUCCAAGCUCAAGAAUAUGUUUAUUCCUCUGCUUCUUAAAAUUUUAUAUAAAAAUACUACCCAAAUAAAAAAACAUGGCAAUAAUCAAAAUUAUUAGAAGUUGACUCUGAUAUUGUUGAAAGACUCGUUAAAAAGAGAUAAUUAAACAUGCAAAAUAAUAACAAUUAAUAAUUAAAUCAAGACUCAAAAUCUAUUUCAUAAUAUUCUGAAACCAGCUCAUACAGCAGUCAAUAUAAUGAAUGCUCAUAACAACUUAUAAAAAUUAACUAUUCACAAAACUGA